UUAUGAUCAAACUGCUCAUCUAUUGCUGCUCAAAUAAACUCCUUCCAUUUGAUCAUCAUGCUUGCUUAUGUUUUGUACACCGCUUUGGCAGGCUUGGCCAUCCUCCCGUUGCUCGUUUACUGGCGAAAGCCGUACUUUUUGCACGAUCUGCGGUAUGCAAUCACUGCCAUUCAAAUCGCAAGACAGCUCGUCAGAUUCUCGACGAAGAAACCCUUCUUCAGCAUUCUCGACUGUUUCCUGGAUAAGGUGUCCAAACAGCCGAACAAGAAGUUUCUCGUGUUCGAGGAGAGCAGUUACACGUACAGACAAGCCGACCAGGAGAGCAACCGUGUGGCCGCAGCCCUCUCGAGUAUACUCAAGCCAGGUGACACGGCGGCAGUGUUUGUGGGCAACGAGCCCCUCUUCGUGUGGCUGUGGCUCGGACUCGCCAAGUUGGGAUGUACCUGUGCUCUGCUCAACUACAACAUUCGCUCCAAAUCUCUGCUGCACUGCUUCUCGUGUUGUGACGCCAAGGUUCUGCUCGCAGCGGCUGAACUACGAGAGGCCGUAGAGGAGGUGCUUCCGAGCCUGAAGCAGCAGGGGAUCCGCGUGUUCAUCCUCAGCGAGGGUGAUGAAUCAGACGGCAUCGAAUGUCUCUCGGACAAGAUUCGCCAGGCCUCUGACGAACCUCUGUCACCGCAGCUGAGGGCCGACAUUAAUAUCAAGAGCCCUGCCCUCUACAUUUACACCUCAGGAACCACAGGGCUUCCAAAGGCAGCGGUCAUUAACCACGAGAGGUUAUGGAUGGCAAGUUUUCUUCAGUCAGUUGCUGGCGUACGCUCGGAUGAUAUCAUAUACAUCAACCUGCCUCUCUACCACAGUUCAGGAUUUCUUAUGGGAUUGUGUGGAGCCAUAGAAAAAGGCAUCACUGUUGUAUUAAAACGUAAAUUCUCUGCAUCAAACUUCUGGAACGACUGCAGGAAGUACAAUAUUACGGUUAUUCAGUACAUAGGCGAGAUUAUGCGAUACCUCUGCAACACACCACAGAGAGACAAUGACAGAGAUCACAAAGUCAGACUAGCUAUGGGAAACGGCAUGCGAGCGGAUAUAUGGGCCGAUUUUCUGCAGCGGUUUGGGAAUAUUUGCAUCUGCGAGUGCUACGGAGCUACCGAAGGAAAUGUUGGCUUUGUCAACUACAUUGGGAAAAUUGGAGCAAUUGGCAAAGAGCAUUUCCUCCAUAAAAUGGGGUGCCCCUAUGCACUCAUAAGAUAUGACACAGAGAAAGAGGAACCGGUCAGAGAUUCCAGAGGAUUUUGCAUUGAAGUGCCCAGAGGAGAGACUGGUCUGUUGGUGGCAAAGAUUGGCGCGAGAACCCCCUUCUCAGGCUACGCCAAGAACAAGCAGCAGACUGAGAAGAAGAAGCUGAAGGAUGUGUUCGUGAAAGGGGACGUCUACUUCAACAGUGGCGAUCUUCUCAGAAUAGACCAUGAAGGUUUUGUCUUCUUUCAAGAUCGCAUCGGAGACACUUUCAGAUGGAAAGGAGAAAAUGUGGCAACCACAGAGGUAGCUGAUCAUUUGCUCAUGGUGGACUGCAUCGAAGAGGUUAAUGUCUAUGGUGUGAAGGUACCAGGGCACGAGGGAAGAAUCGGAAUGGCCGCUGUGACCCUGAAAGAAUAUAUGGAGUUUGAUGGGAAAGCUGUGUAUCAGCAUGUCAAAAGCUACCUUCCGAGCUAUGCAAGACCACGCUUUAUUCGCAUUCAGAAUGCACUGCAGGUGACCGGAACGUUUAAGCAGAUGAAAGUGAAGUUGGCUGAGGAGGGCUUCGACCCCAACGUCAUCCAGGAUCGUUUGCUUUUUCUGGAGGACAAUCAAGGCUACGUCCCCAUGACUCAGCAAACGUUCAACUCCAUAGCAGAGGGAAGAAUCAAACUGUGAAUCACUUUGGUCUCCACUACUCAAACAGCUGUGAAAUACAUAGAGUAAGCCACAAAGUGAUUAGGAAUCUUUGAUGUUGCAAAGCAUUCAAGAGCAAUAAUUUCUGGUGUUUUUUUUUUUCCCCCGACGAACGUAAUUUUAAAAUCAAAUGCUUUUUUUAAAAAUAAAACUCUCAAACUAAA